UGUGCUUAAUGGGUUAGUUACAUGUAUAAGGAUCUUUCUAGCACUAACCAGCAGAAUCAUCCUUGUGACCAGGUCCCUAAGGUACUGCCUAUCUGGCAACAAAGGUUGGAAAGUGCACAAAACAGUGCUGGACUAGGGCAUUUCUCUAGGUUCUGCUCUGGUAUUGGUUAUGAUGUAAUGUGGAUACUUGUGCAACUAUGGUAUAUAAGGGGACAGGUUCAUUCAUUAUGUUCACAGAGAUCAAAGAAGACCAGAGAGGCUUUGCCCAGGUGCUGAUAUGGAGCAGGUGUCAUCAACAGGCAGACCCGUGCAGAUCACUGUGACAGAUGGAUAUGACUUGAAAGGUUUUAAAGGAGAUACUCCAGUUACCUUUAUCCGUGCAGAAUUCAAUCAGGUGGUUCUGGGAGACUCUGCAAAAAUUACUGUUUCUCCAGAAGGAACUGCAAAAUACAACUUCACCUGCAGUUUUGAGUUCAAUCCUGAAGGAGGAGUCACUUUAAAUGACCUUGCCCGCAAACCUGUGUUCUUAACGAUGACUGAAGUUUUACCAAAGGAAAAGAAACAGAAAGAGGAGAAGACCAUGAUUCUUGGUCAAGCUGUGGUGGACCUUCUUCCUUUACUGGAAGGAGAGAGUUCAUUUGAAACGAUGGUCCCAUUGCACCCUGUGCCAGGCUCGCCCUUGGAACCUCUUCGAUCAGGUGUCAAGCAGUGCAGUCUUGAAGUUAAAGUAUUUGUGGCGGAGCCCUUAUUGACUGCAGCCCAGAUCUUAGGAGGCAGUCUCCUGAAGGUCACAUUGGAGGCUGCCUACUCUGUGCCUGAAUCCUUCAUUCCAAUGGGGCUGCUGCAGAACUUCAUGGUUGGUCUGCAAAUUCCAUCAGCUGGAGAGAAAGACUAUCCCAUUUUCUUCAAGAAUGGAACUCUGAAGCUUGGAGGGGAAAGAGAACCUGUUCCUCGGCCCAAAAAAUGGCCUAUUGCCAACAUUCUGGCUCCAGGAGCUAAUAACAUUCCUGAAGCUUUUAUCGUUGGUGGGCCUUAUGAGGAAGAAGAAGGGGAACUCAACCAACCUGAGGACAGGGAAUUUAGGAACCAAGCAGAGUGCAUAAAGAAAAGGAUUACUUGGGACUUGGAAAGUCGCUGCUACCUUGAUCCUUCUGCAGUGAUCAGUUUUCAGAAGCGAAUUGCUGAUUGCCGAUUUUGGCCUGUAGAGAUCACAAGGGUUCCUGUGGUUACUGUACCCAAAGGGAAAUCUGCUAAAUUUGAAAAGACUGAUGAUGAAGGUCAGCUUUCAUUUCAUGGUGUGGCUUAUGUUAAUAUGGUGCCAUUGCUGUAUCCAGGUGUGAAGAGGAUUCGGGGAGCUUUUCAUGUUUACCCUUAUCUAGGUAGCAUAGUCUAUGAAAAGACCAAGUGUUUAUUUAGCUUGUUCCGGGAUACUGACCAUAAUUUGAUUCAGAAUAAUAAAAUAGGAGGAAUUAAUUCUCCAGUGUCCAAACCAGUUAUUUCUAAGAACCUUAAAGAAGAUAAAACAGUCAAAGAAAAGGAUAUGGAAGCAAGGCCUAAGGCUGGGGAUGUGCAAGCAUCUAGUAUAAAAUCUCAGAGCUCAGAUACUCCUUUGGAAGUUGAACCCUCUCUCUGCAACAAUCCAGAAGGACAGCAAUAUGUAGAAGCAGGGACAUACAUUGUGUUGGAGAUUGAGCUGGACAAAGCCUUGGUUCCGAAGCGAAUGCCAGAGGAGCUAGCCAGAAGGGUCAAGGAAAUGAUACCUCCAAGGCCGCCUCUUACCCGUCGGACGGGAGGAGCUCAGAAGGCAAUGAGUGACUACCACAUGCAGAUCAAGAAUAUUUCUAGAGCCAUUCUGAAUGAGUAUCACAGGAUGUUUGGAAAACAGGCAGUCAAAGUGGGGAGUGAUCUGGAUAGUGAAACCCUGGAGGAGCAGAAGUGCCAGCUCAACUAUGAACUUAAUUGCUCUGGAAAAUACUUUGCUUUUAAAGAACAACUCAAGCAUGCUGUGGUAAAGAUUGUGAGAGAGAAGUACUUGAAGACAACAGCAUUUGAAAGCCAAGAGGAGCUGCAGAAAUUUAUUAGUGAGCUCUAUGUUUUCUUGGUGGAUCAGAUGCAUGUGGCCUUAAAUCAAGCCAUGCCAGAUGAUGUCCAAGGCACUCCUUCAACCAUUUAUACCAGCAGUGAACAGCUUCGACUCUUUGCAUUUGAAGCAGAAGUCAAUGAGAACUAUGAAAUGGCAACAGUGUACUAUGAAGAGAGGUUGGUUCGUGAGCCCCAGAACCUGGAGCACUGGCUGGACUAUGGUGCCUUCUGCCUCCUAACUGAAGACAAUAUCAAAGCACAAGAGUGUUUUCGGAAAGCCCUUUCCCUGAACCAGAAUCAUAUCCACAGCUUGUUGCUGUGUGGUGUCCUGGCUGUCCUGAUGGAGAACUAUGAACAGGCAGAAAUUUUCUUUGAAGAUGCUACUUGCUUGGAGCCAACUAAUGUUGUAGCCUGGACUUUACUUGGCUUGUACUAUGAAAUUCAAAACAAUGAUGUUCGAAUGGAAAUGGCAUUUCAUGAAGCCUUCAAACAGCUUCAGGCACGAGUGCUUCAGGCACAAGUUACAAAGCAGAGGAGCACCAGACCAGGAGCUCCAUUAUCCAUUCUAGAUGAAUUUCUUGAUGAAUCCUCUAACCUGCAGUCUGAGUCACAUGAACCCAUUUUGUCUGUACAGUCUCAGGAUCCAACUACCAGCCAAAGACCAUCCAACACAUUUAUCAAGGAGAUACCAUCAAAAAAAGAAGCAUCAAAAUGUCAAGAGUCAUCGACUUGUCUGCAUCCCACCCUUUAUAGUGUUUCCCAAACUCCUACCACCAUCUUCAUGGAGACCAUACGCUUCUUGAUGAAGGUCAAUGCUGUGCAGUAUGUACACAGAGUGCUUGCACAUGAGCUAUUAUGCCCUCAUGGAGGCCCCAGCUGUGAGUAUUACUUGGUGUUGGCCCAGACACACCUACUCAAGAAGGAUUUUGCUAAAGCAGAGGAAUACCUUCAACAAGCAGCCCAGAUGGACUACCUGAACCCUAACGUCUGGGGCAUGAAGGGCCAUCUAUAUUUUCUGAGUGGAAAUCAUGCUGAGGCCAAGGCAUGCUAUGAGCGAACCAUUAGUUUUGUAGUGGAUGCUUCUGAGAUGCACUUCAUCUUCCUGAGACUGGGGCAGAUAUAUCUGGAAGAGAAAGAGUACGAAAAGGCAAAGAAAACCUACCUGCAAGUCUGUAAGAGAUCGCCUUCAUGCCUUACCUGGCUAGGACUGGGAAUCGCCUGUUAUCAGCUGGAUGAGCUCACAGAGGCUGAGGAUGCUCUCUCUGAAGCCAAUGCACUGAACAACUACAGUGCUGAAGUAUGGGCAUAUCUGGCUCUGGUCUGCCUGAAAGCUGGACGGCAACUGGAAGCUGAGCAGGCCUACAAGUACAUGAUGAAGCUGAAAUUGAAAGAUGAGAGUCUGCUUGCACAGAUCCACAUGGUACAGGAGACAGUUGGCUUUGGAAAUCCAUCUUUCUGACAUCCUUCCACCUGAAGAAUUUUCUAUAUGGGACACUGAGCUCCUUUCCUUCCCAGAGAAAUUAAACCCUGGAUGUCUCACCAUAUGAGGGCUUGGGAUAAAGAAAAAAGGAUCUUCAGCACAAACUGAAACCCAUUCACUUAUUUCCAUUGGCUAUCUUACUGGAUGGCUAUGUUACUGGAUGUUUUAGUGGUUAACAGUAAACUGG